AUGGUACUCAACGACAAGGCCAAGCAGACGGCAGAAAAGCAGCUCCAGGCGCUGCAAGAAGAGUUGCAGGCGCUUAGAGAAGACAAAAUCGAGGUUGGAGCAGAGAAUGAGGAACUCAGGCUCAUACAUAUGCGCCAGGAGGACAGGAUCGACCAACUUCGCAAAGACAUUGAUGGUUUGAUAGACGACAACGAGACUCUCCGCGACGACUACGACGAAGUAACAACAGACAACAAGACCCUUCGGGACGAGUAUGACGAGGUGAAAGCCAUCAACCGCACUCUACACAACAACAUUGCAGAUCUCAACAACAACGUCUAUCAAUGGGAGAAAUACGCCUUGGAAGAAAGUGAUCAACUCACAAAACUGAACGCAUACACGGACGAGCUCGAACAGCGCCUGAAAGAAUCCAAAGCUCAUUCCGGGGACCUCGAGGAGCGCAAUGAAGAGCUUGAAGAUCGUCUGAUUACCGAGAGAAUAGAAUCUCAGGCUUUAGAGGUUGAGUGUGAGGACCUCGAGCGCAAGAACAAGGCGUUGUGGAGCACUGUCAACUACCUUGAUGGAUUGUCCGAGGAGGACCAGAUCGAGGUGAUGAGAAUGCGCAAGGGAGUUAUCAAACUCAAAAAGCUCUGGGAAGCCGGUGAACUGGAUUGA